CUCCCCUCUUUCCCAACUCCCUCUUUCCCCUUCCCAAGCAAGAAAUCAAACCCCUAAUCUGCCACCGCCCAAAUCACUACCGUGUCGUCCAUGGCCGACUUCACUGCAUAAAUGUGUUGAUCGGUGCAGGAAAGGGAGGAGAAGAGAACAGAGAAAGAGAGGCGUACUGAUGUUGGAUCAGGAGGGGCAGGGAGGUCCACCUCAUGGUGUUCUGCUGGCGGUGGUGGUGGGGGUGGUGGUGGCGGCGCCGUUCCUCGUCGGCGGGGGUGGGGAAGCCAUAACAGGGGCCAUCUCCGACAUGCUGAGCCCCGCGGGGUUGCUGCUCCUCCCCGUCCUCCUCGUUCUGGUGAUCCGCUUCCUCUCGUCGGACCGUGGCGCCAUUCUCUCGGACAUAUUCGCCGCCGGCUCCCCCGACUCCAUCCACCGCGUCGGGGGCUCCCCCGUCGGCGUCGCGCUCCUCCUGCUGCUCAUCCUCUUCCUCCUCUACUACCGCUUCUCCAUCUUCGGCGGGGAUGAUGACACCGACGACUAGAAGCGGUAGAUGGCGGAGGCGGACCAAAUUACCAUAGUGCCCUUGGUGUCACGCAGAGGGUCUAGUAUUAUUAUAUGUACAUCGAUGUGUAUCAAUUUUCUUGCUGCGACCUUUUCGUUUUAAUGAGCUAUGUCGAUGACAUGAAAGCAUGUAAGAGAUAGUUUCUUUGGUGUCUGAACUCAAUCAUUUAAUGAUAGAUAAAUGUCUCAACAUGCUUUAGCA